AUGGGGAAUUCAUCUAUUGAAACGGACUUCUUUGAAGCUUGUGAAAGUGGCGAUAUGAAACAAGCAAAAAGGCUGUUCGGACGCAGAGAUUUCGAUCCGACAAAAUUAGAUGGAAUGAAGACAACGGUGGAGGGAAGAAGCUGUUUACAUGUUGCAGUACUUGCAGGAGACGAAGUAUUAUUGGAAAGAUUGGUGAAAAAAUUAAAUCAACAAAAGUUCACCGACGAAGGGGACAAGCGAGGAGACACGGCUUUGCACUUAGCCGUGUGGAAAUAUCGUGUCGAUCUGGUGAAAGUGUUGUUAGACUUAAGCCUGCCAAAUAAAAAGGGAGAAAGUCCCCUAUGCAUAGCAGUAAAGUUUGGAUUCCUGGAUGUUGUAAAGGAGUUGAUAGAUCCUGAUCCGGAGACCACUACAAAGAGGUUACUUAAGCCGGAGGCCGCGCAAAACUUAUGUAAAGAUAAAAAUGUCAAAUUAUCAAAGAGCUUAUCAACAAACGCAUCUGAUAAUGAAGGUAAGCGUGAUAAGGAAACUGUUAAAAGCCAGCCAAUUGUUGAAGGAGACACGUCUUUACAUAUUGCAGCAAAGAACAAAAAUGAGCCAAUUGUGGGUUUGUUGCGGAAGGUACAUGGGGUGAACAAGCAGGCCCUCAAUAGUGAGGGCAAAACGCCGCUGGAUGUUGCAAGAGAAGUCACGGAAUACCACGAAUCUUUCAGGAUCAUAAAAAAGCUCACAGAUUAUAAACCCAGUCCCAAGCCAUUCAUGUAUUGUGCGCCAGAGGUGAGCAAAGAAAAGCACGAGAGAGCAAGGGAAAUGGUAAACAAAUCAUUCGAAGAGAGACGUGAGACGGAACUGGUGGUGGCAGCGUUGUUGGCCACCAUGGCAUUUACGGCAGUGUUCACGGUUCCAGGUGGUUCGUACCAGGAUUCUGACAAUCAGAACCGAGGGACCCCUAUUUUCCUAGGCUACUAUAUGUUUAAGCUCUUUAUUAUUUUCGACUGCAUAUCUUUCUUUCUAUCUCUCUUCGUUUGUAUCCUGUGGCAGAUGGCUUCAGAGCUUACCACAGAGGACAAGAUGAUGUUCAUGACCCUCAGUACUUUAUUAACCUGCUUCAUCUUUGGAUUCAACGCUUGUGGUUUUAUGGCUGCAGUGUAUACGAUAUUGGAAUUCUGUUAUUCAUUGAUUUCUGUGGCACUUUAGCAGCUUUCCAUCAGUUGGCAAUGUUUGCAGUGGGGCGAGCUAGAUUCCACCGCUUGUGCGGUGUACCUCGUCGACUUGAUCAUAUUGUUGAAGCCGUAUGGGAAAGAGCAGAGACUUCUGGGUUUCUCCACUUUAUCCGGAAAGUUGAUGAAAGUUACCAUGAUGCAAUGGAAGGGGAUGAUGAUGAAGCUUCCAAAAACAAAGGCGAAGAGGAACAUGAACUUGAACAUGGCUACAACUGCUCCUGCUCUUCAUCCCCGUGCCUCCGCAACGUUCCCCAAUCUGUUUAGCUCUCACUCUACAACCUUAAAAUGGCAUGCAGGUGUAGAUUUGUAUUUUACUAGCAUAUUAUUG